AUGAGAGCCGUUCUACAAAGGGUGACCGGAGCAUGCGUCCAUGUCGACGGCAAGCUCGUCUCGACGAUUGGACCGGGUGUAGUUGCGUUGAUAGGCAUCGAGACCGAGGAUGAGGCGAGCGUUGCGCCCAAGCUCGGCGAAAAGAUACUGUCAUUGCGGAUGUGGAACCAAGGCGCCAAGGCGUGGGACAUCACGACUCCGUCUCACUAUCCAGCAAGUAGCACGAGGGCCGUCGCGCCUGCUGCUACUGCUGCCCCAACCUCAAGCUCCUCAACAGACAUCGCCGAGCGUGGCCCCGUCAACGAGAGAGCAGAAGCCGUGUGGGGAGGCAAGCCCUGGAGCUCGAGCGUCGUGGAGCUGGAGGGUGAACUGCUCUGCAUCUCGCAGUUCACGCUACACGCACGUACGGCAAAGGGCACUCGACCAGACUUUCACAAAUCAAUGGGAGGCGACAAGGCCCGUGAGAUUUAUGAGGCACUGCUCAAGCAUAUGCGCCAGAUGUACAAGGAGGACCGGAUCAAGGAUGGAGCUUUCGGGGAGAUGAUGGACGUCUCCCUUAGCAACGAUGGCCCCGUCACCCUGAUUAUCGACACGGCGGACAAGAGAAAGUAG